UUCUUGUGUGGAACAUCGUUGAGACGUUAAAACCCAUUAAUUUCACACAAUAAAAUUUCGUUUAAAUUUUUAAAAGUAUAGUAUGUUAAUACUAACAUGGAUGCGUUAGUGCGAAAAAUAAUUUCAGACUCAAGUGAUGACUUUUCGAAAGAUAUCAUCACUUUUCAGAAAAAUUAUGAAAUCAGGACUGUAUUUGAAGAAUUGAAUAAUGACCAAUUGCGUGAAAAACUAUGGGAAACAUUGUUUCAUUGUCUAUCAAGUAAUGCACAAUCAUCCAUUAAUUAUAAUUGUUUGUCAACUUUGCGAAUACUUAGUAGAGACAGGACAAUGUUAAAUGAAUUAAUCACAGAUGAAAGAUUAGAUAUUGUAUUAGGUAAUGCAGCUCUAAAGAAUAUAAAUGUUAACCAGAGUACUUAUAAUAAUGUUACUAUUGAAGCUCUCAAAUUGUUAUGCAAUUUGAUAUUUAAUAGUACAAAGAUCCAAGAAGUAAUAUCAACUACACCUUGUUUGCCAUGUUUAAUUGAACGCAUGAGAAAAUAUGGUGACGACACACCACGUGAAGUAAUGUUAUUUGAUACAAGAAUUAUAUUUCUAAUUACUGCUUUAAACAUUUCAACUAGGAAAAUUGUCAAAACAAAAUUAAAUGGGGACGAGUGUCUGAUAAAAAUGUUAGAGAAUAUAAGUAUUCAAUGUGACCAAGACAAAUUACACAUUAUAAAAGAAGAUAAUGCAACAUUAGCGUGUGAAGUUUUAAAAGCAUUAUUUAAUUUGUACAUAUAUUCAGAUAAUACAAUAGAAGACAAGAAAAAAAAUAAUUUAAUGUCAGUUUUGAAUAAAUUAUUGUUAUCCAAAUGUGAGAAAGAAGACGAUCUUCAAAGUCACAUUGUGAAUUUAUUAACUGCAAUGCCAUAUAACUGUUACUCAAUAAUCAUACCGCAUACUAAAGAGAAACAUAAACAAAUAUUCCAAAAUGUAGAUAUAACUGCAGUAUCUAUUUUAUUAAAAUUUUUAGACAGAAGACUAAAUUGUAAAGAUGAUUUAGUAGGAAACCUUAGUCCAAUUAUCAUUGCUUUUAUCGGAAUGAUUAAGGCCGAAAGAUUAAUACGAAAAUAUACUAGGCUACAGAUUUUACCUCCUCUGAAGGAUGUAAUGCAUCGCCCAGAAGAAGGAACCACUUUGAGGGCAAAAUUGUGUAAAUUAUUAACUUCUCCUUUAGUAGAAUUACGAGAUCUUGUUGCUGAGUUCUUAUUUAUACUCUGUAAAGAAAACGUUGCUCGCAUGGUAAAAUAUACGGGAUAUGGGAACGCCGCUGGGAUGUUUGCAAAUAAAGGAUUAUUGGGACCCAAUAAGAAAAAAUCAGCUUAUUCUUCUGAAUCAGAAGACAGCGAAACUGAGGAGUAUUUGAAACAUAAAGAGCAGAUCAAUCCAGUAACAGGUUGCUUUGAACAUCCGAAACCUAAUCCUUUGGAAGGUAUGACAGAGGAACAAAAAGAGUAUGAAGCUUUACAACUUGUGGGUCUUGUUGAUAAAUUAACAAAGGAAGGUGUAGUACAGCCUUGUAGAAUUGGUGACGAUGGAAGACCACAACCAAUUGAACAUAUCCUAGAAUUGCAAGAAGAACUACCAAAGCAACAAUAUGGUCGUCGAGACUCUGAUUCCGAUUGAAUGUUAAAAUAGUUGCUGUACAUAAAAUUGUCUGAAACAACAAGUAUAAAAUAAAAACACGUAUC